UGUAAGCACGUUAGUAGUAAAUGAGCGUCGGUGUUUGGCUUGGUUUGACAAGUUUCCCAGGAUGAUGAUGGGGCUAGUAGUGAGCAGCUAGUUGACACAAAAGUUACAAAAAUAAGAAAAGUUGCAGCUCGCGUUUCGCAUGUGACGAAAGGACAGGGAUCUUGGUCCUUUUGUCAAAUGUAAGGACUCAGAAGUUUCCGAUUUCUCCGACAGUCAGUCAAGUCUACACUGGAAAGCCCAGACACGACAGUAAAGAUGAACAGCCUGUCUUUUGACGACCAUUCGUUGGAUAAUCUGGAUCCAACACUGUCGCUUAACGACCCCAGUGAUAUUGAUACGGCCCUCCUAAGCGACAUUGAUGACAUGCUCCAGCUCAUCAACAACCAGGACAUGGAGUUUGGAGGACUCUUUGAUGCCCCUCCAUACACCACAGCUCCUCCCAUGCAAGAGAUUCAUGGUUUGACUCAGACCAUCACCUCAGCCUCCCCCCCAACCACCACUACCACACCUCCAUCUUCAUCUUCAUCUUCCAUCCUAAGCAGUAACCCCCAUCUGGAUGCACUGCUGGGCCCUCCUAUUACUCGUAGCUCGUCCACCCCAGACAAAGCCUUCCAGCCUCCCACCUUCCAGCAGUCUCCCCUGGCCCAGGUACCCAGCUCCACCCAGAGGCAGCAGCCGUCCUCCCCACAACAAGCUCAAAGCAUCAGACAGACCCAAGUGGAGCAACCCCAACCAGUUCUCAGCCCGUCUGCUCCUUCCCAGGCAGCUUCACCUAAUGGCUCCCCAGGACCAAACCCAGCAUUCAGCUCAACGCCUCAGGCACUCUUCACCUCUCCUGCACCCCAGACUCCACCACAGACACAGCCUCAGGCCCGGACCAACUACAGCAGCCCAAACAGCUACACAGCUGGCAGUCCCAGCAGUGUGAGCACUCCUGCCACCAGUUUGUCAUCCUCACCGCCGAGCAUUCAGCCAGUGGCCAUUCAGACUCAGCUCCAAGGGCUGACAACUGCAUCUCCUCUCCUGACCACAUCAACAAGCCCUCCAGUUCAAACUGUCGCAGCCCACGUACAGCAAGUACCUGUGUUGCUUCAGCCCCAGUUCAUCAAGGCUGAGAGUCUACUGCUGACCACUUUGAAGCCUGACCCCUGCAUAGUCACUACUGUAGCUUCUCCCACGUCCCUGGCCACCACCACCCCAGCACAAAGCACUUCGCUGCAGGCAUUCAUGGGUGGGGGUACUUUCCUGACUACAGUGCCUGUCAUGGUGGAUGCUGAAAAGCUUCCCAUCAACCGCAUCGCUAUCAGUGGUAAGCCGGCUGGCCAGCCACACAAAGGGGAGAAGCGCACGGCCCACAACGCUAUUGAGAAGCGGUACCGCUCCUCCAUCAAUGACAAAAUCGUGGAGUUGAAAGACUUGGUGGCUGGCACUGAUGCUAAGCUCAAUAAAUCUGCAGUACUGAGGAAAGCCAUCGAUUACAUCCGUUACCUGCAGCAGACUAACCAGAAGCUCAAACAAGAGAACAUGGCUCUUAAAAUGGCAGCCCAGAAAAACAAGUCUCUUAAGGACCUGGUUGCCAUGGAGGUGGAUGGACAGGCUGAUGUGAAGAGCGAGCUGCCCACCCCGCCAGCCUCUGACGUGGGUUCCCCAACUUCCUUCUCUCACUGUGGCAGUGACUCAGAACCUGACAGUCCAAUGGGAGAGGACACAAAGCCAAAUAUAGGCACGCCGGACCAGUCGACAGCAGGUGGCAGUGCCAUUGGCAUGUUGGACCGUUCCCGUAUGGCGUUGUGCGCCUUUACCUUUCUCUUCCUCUCCCUCAACCCUUUGGCUGCUCUGUUCUGUUCAUCGGGUAGCAGCUCAUCUGGAAAUACUGAAGCUGUAAGCACCCAUCACGCGGGCAGGACCGUCCUGGGUGUGGAUGUCGCAGCUGACUCAUGGGGCUGGAUGGAUUGGAUGCUCCCAACUAUACUGGUGUGGCUACUGAAUGGUAUUCUGGUAUCAGGAGUUCUAAUACGGCUGUUGGUGUAUGGAGAACCUGUAACCAGACCACAUUCUGGAUCAUCCGUCUUGUUCUGGAGGCAUCGCAAACAGGCUGACCUGGACCUGGCAAGAGGAGAUUUUGCUCAAGCCAGUCACAACCUGUGGACUUGUCUGAAGGCUCUUGGUCGCCCCUUACCCACCUCCCAGUUGGACUUGGCCUGUGCAGCGCUCUGGUCUUUGCUAAGAUUCUGCCUCCAGCGUCUAUGGGUUGGCCGCUGGCUGGCUGCCAGGGCAGGAGGGCUGCGAUCUGAUCGCCCCCUGCAGGAGGAUGCCUGCAAAAGCAGCCGUGACGCCGCCCUGGUUUAUCACCGCUUACACCAGCUUCACAUGACAGGUAAACUGAAUGGCAGCCACCUCUCAGCAGUGCACAUGUCUUUAAGUGCAGUGAACCUUGCAGAGUGUUCCGGCUCAUGCCUGCCUGUGGCCUCGCUGGCUGAGAUCUAUGUUUCUGCGGCUCUACGAGUCAAAGCCAGUUUGCCGAGGGUUCUGCAUUUCACCUCUCGUGUGUUCCUGAGCAGUGCUCGUCAAGCAUGCCUAUCUUCCAGUGGCAGUGUCCCCCCAGCCAUGCAGUGGCUUUGUCACCCACUAGGUCACCGCUUCUUCGUGGAUGGGGACUGGGCUAUUCGCAGCACCCCUAAAGAAAGCAUCUACAGCCAGGCUGGCAACACUGUGGAUCCUCUGGCUCAGGUGACUCAGGCAUUUAGAGAACACCUCCUGGAAAAGGCUCUGUACUGUGUGGCCCAGCCUCGUGGAGAGAAAAAUACAAGUCCGGGAGACGGCGAGUAUGCCGAUGCCCUGGAAUAUCUCCAGCUGUUGAUUAGUGCUUCAGAUGCGGCUGGUGCCACCUCACAGUCCUUUGCUAUUGGGUCCAACAUGGCAACUGUCACAGGCUGUGACCCUCAUUCUAAGUGGUGGUCCUCAAUCACUGUGGUGAUCAUCAACUGGCUCCAAGGAGAUGAUGCUGCAGCAGAGAGACUGUAUCCGACUGUUGAGCACCUGCCCCGCAGUCUGCAGAACGCAGAGAGUCUUCUGCCCAAAGCCUGUCUGAACACAUUCAGGGCAGUGCGAGCUCUGCUGUCCAAGCCAGAAAACUGCCAAUUGAGUCUGAGCUACAGUGACAAGGCCAGCGCCCUGCUCCGAGACAGCCUCAACCUGGGACCACACUGUCAUAGCUCCAGUUUAGACAAGGUUGUCCAGUUGCUGUUGUGUGAUCUGCUGCUGGUUAUGAGGACAAAUGUCUGGCGUCUGCAGCAACAAGGGGCCACUCCCACGGGGCAAGGCUCAGCGGGGACCAGCGGCCCUGCGAGCAUUCAGCAGGCCUCUCCACCAGAGCUCGUGGGCUUUCAGCAAGAUCUCAGCUCGCUACGCAAAUUGGCACAGAGUUUCAGACCUGCGAUGCGAAGAUUGUUUCUCCAUGAAGCUACGGCCAGGCUGAUGGCGGGGGCCAGUCCCACCCGCACACAUCAGCUUCUGGAUCGCUCACUGCGGCGCAGAGCAACACCCGGAGCCAAGACAGAGGAGUGUGAGAUGCGGCCUGGCCAGCGGGAGCAGGCGGAGGCUGUGAUGCUGGCGUGCCGCUACCUUCCUCCGUCCUUUCUUUCGGCUCCGGGCCAAAGGGUGGGCAUGCUGGCCGACGCUGCCCGCACCCUGGAGAAGCUGGGAGACAAGAGGACCCUCCACGACUGCCAGCAAAUGAUCAUAAAACUGGGCAGCGGCACCACCGUCACCAACAGCUAGAGCUGGGGGGAGGGGAGAGGGAGGGGUGCUGAGAGACACGCAUGGACGUUGUGUACAUGUAUAUAAACAUCUGUAACAUACAAAAUCACACAGACCGACAGAAGACAAAACCAUACAGUCUCUCUUUGGUGAGCAGCUAUCGAACAGAUUUGUACAGAUUCAUAUCAAACUGGAUUUUCUUCAUGCGUUGUCCCUCCCAUCACCCCAGUCAAACAACAAAGCACUUGUCGAGUUCGCACUCUUGUUGCUGCGGAUUAUUAUCAAAAAACGAUUUUCCUCUUGUCAAAAAAAAAAAAAGAAUCCCUUGGUGAGAAUGUGUUGCAGUGCCACAGUUUGCCCACAAAGAGGAGCCGUCGUGUCCUUCUGGUGGACACGGAGAGGGUGAGAAGUAUGAAAGAGGUUUUUGCCCUGCGUUUACUGGCGUAUCCCCACUCGCCCCACUUUUCUUUCUUUCUUUUUUUUCCCCGAUUACAUCGAUGCACCUUCUAUAGGCAGGAGAGCUUAGUGGGCUGGAGUGGCGGGCUGCUCUGAUUGGUUGCAGAAUGAGGCGUCUCUGUGUUUGUGGGAGAAAAACGACCAAACUUGGAUUGGUCUGAGCGCGUGGGCUUGUGUGUUGGGAAAGCACUAAACAGUAACUGUUGAGGUAAAUUAAAAAAAAUAAAUAAAUAAAAAAUCAUGUCUCACCAGCUGAGCCCCGUUUCUCUAUCUGCACUAAGCCCGUGAGGCUGAUUUCAGUGAGAUAAGUAAUAUUAUGGCUUUAUGAGGUUAUUUUCAUAGAGGUCGUGUUUUUUGUUUGUUUUUUUUCCUUCUUGUUUUGCUGUGUACAUAUUUUAAUAUGUAUUUAUAAUCUUAUGAUCUUUGAUCAAGCAGUAUUUUGCAUAAGAAGAGUGAUUUAAUGCCUGUUUUUCCUUUUUUAAUCUUGCUUUAUUUUGCAGUUUUAAACUAGGCGCUGCAUAUCUGGUUAUCUUGUGCGGUAUCAGGUUAGCGUUGCAUAUCCAUGCGACUGUCGUAGGCACUGGCUAGUUGUAAAUCAACAGCUCAAGCUAAACAUGAGCUGUUGGUACAACUUUUUGUAGUUUGUACAACUACAAAAAGUUGCGUAUGUCAUGCAGAAGGUUUUGAAAUAAUUAACUUUGUUUUUUCCUUUUGUUCCAAAGAAAGCCUGUGAGAAAUCGUCUUUCUUUUUUUGUAGCUGUAAUGUUACUUUCUCUUUCAAUUACUGGUUUCUUUCCUAGAGAAAGCACCAUGUUUUAAUUUUUAAGAGGAUUGUUUUGUUUUGUUUUUUUUAACAAAUUUUUUGACAUGUCCCAGGACCAGUAUAUUUUUUUUUAUAGCAUGUGACUAAUGUGAAAGACUGAAAAACAUGGGAUUAAGAUGACAGUGAUGCAACCGUGUCUGAAGGUAAUGUUGAUGUAGACCUUUCACUGACAUGCUUUCAUCUCUUCCUUGUUCUUCAUCUAUUCCUUUUCGUCAUGUAAAUAUUAAAAUAUUUUGUAAAGAAGA